AAGAGCCGAUGACGUCAGCACUUCCACAACAACAAGCAGCAGCAGAAAAACAAGGAAGUGAAACACUGCGAGCCGUAAGCUGUUUUUGUUUCAGCGACGCCGUGACGAGACACAAAUAGCCACCGCAGUAAUAUUCACACAUUCUACAAACCGCAAACCCGACGACAACAAUGAACAACAAAGGAUCCUAUCCUCAGCAGAGUGUGUACCCUCAGCAGAACACUGCGCCCGUCUACCCUCCCACUAUGCAAAUGUCUCCUCAGGCGCCUCCUUACACGGACACGCCCCCCGCAUACUCUGAGAUCUACCAGCCCAGAUACGUGCUUCCCCAUCAGGUGGCCGGCCAGAUGCCUCAGAUGUCGUCCCCCUACGUCGGCACUCAGGUGUACAUGCCCAUGCAGCCGCAGAUGCCCGUGGGUCACAUGGGACAGAACGUGCCCUUGGCCUACUAUCCCGUGGGGGCCGUGUACCCGCCGGGGUCCACAGUGAUGAUGGAGGGCGGCUACGACGCGGGCGCUCGCUUCACAGCCGGCAGCAGCGUGUCAAUGCCGCCCCCACCCCCUGGACACCCCCCCAAUGCGGCCCAGCUGGCGGCCAUGCAGGGCGCCAACGUGGUCAUGUCGCAGCGAAAGAGCAACUUCUUCCUGGGCGGCUCCGGCGGAGGUUACACCAUCUGGUAACGGCAGCUGAUCCCUCACGCCUACAACCGCGUAACCCCCCCCCUCUCACCUCCCGUCAAUCACACUCCCCCUCCCCUCCCCUCCCGUUAGGCUGCUUGGCCACAAUACUGACAUCACCUAAUGGAAUGUAAUGUUUUCAAGCCCUUGUGAAAGGUACAGUACUCCACUUGUGACCUAGCGAUCAAAUGACGAGCGGCAGUAUUUAACGUAGUCGAGUCCGUUCCAUCGCCCCCCCACCCAUUGCUGUGCUUUUUAUUUAAGGCCAUUCCGGGUCGACGAGAAGCCACGCUAUGGUACUAACAGAUUCGUAGGUUAGCGAUGUAGCUAGGUUUGUGUUUUUUAGUGGUGCCAGGCAGAUCACCGUGCGAACUUAUCCAAAUCCGGUCAGGAGACGAAAACGUGCUAAAGUAUCAGAUAUCAACCGAUGAAAAGAUCCUGUAGGUCAACCAAUAAAAAAAGGGUCUCUUGUAAAGUCUAGAGCAGGAGUGUCCAAACCUUUUCCAGCGAGGGCCGCAUACAGAAUACAAUGAAAGCUGCAGGGUCCACGUUGAUACAUUUAAAGAUGCUAAAAUCAGUCCGAUACAGGUCUAAAAAUGAUAAGUGACAAAGCAAACGUGAUGCAAUAUCUCAUAAUAAUGAAUGAAUCUGAUAUUUCCAUAUGCGGAUGGUAAAAGAAAA